AUGUCAAUUGAUGAUAUCUGGAUAUCAUUAUCACAUUUUGAUGAAUUCACACAAGAAAAGAAAAAUGAAUUUGAAAUCAUAGCUAAACUAUUAACUGAAUAUAUAUUAAUGAAAUUAAUUCCUAAUCGAAUAAAAGAUAAUGAUGAAUUAAUUAAUUUUAUUCAAUUAUUUCUUCCAAAAAGUACAAAUGUUGAAGAAGUUCAAAUAAAUAAUUUUGACCAAUGGUUUAGUGAAAUAACUCGUUCAUAUUCAUUUUUAAAUGUUCCUAAUAAUAUUAUCAAAUUUUUAUUACAAAAAGUAUUUAUUCUUGUUUGUAUUGAAGAGAUUAAUGCAUUGUUUCAUAUAACUUUUAAAUUAGAAGGAUAUACUUAUCCACCUCAAACAUAUGCAAUGGGAAUGUAUCCAUCUGCUGCUUUUGUUAAUCAUUCAUGUUCACCAAAUUUAGCACGUUUUCCAGUUCAAGAAGAUCGAGAAAAUCUUCAUGUUGGUGAUGUUGUAUAUUUUGCAACACGUUCACUAAAAAAAGGUGACGAAGUAUGUUACAGUUAUUUGGAACGUGAUUAUGAACUUUAUCAAAAAGAAGAUAUUCAUCCUGAUGAAAUUAUAAAGAGUCAAGAAAAAAGAAAACAACGAUUAAAAGAAGAAUUCUUUUUUAGUUGUGAUUGUGCACGUUGUUUCAAUGAAUCAAAUGGAAAAAUUGAUCUAUCCUACAUGAACUUGAUUAAAGAACUUAAAUGCAAAAAAUUCGAAUGUAAAGGAUGGUUUAUUCCAUCUUCAGAGAAACAGAUGAUUUGUGAAGCAUGUAGAACAUCAAGAUUAAUCAUGUAG